AUGGCUGAGAAGAUUGGACCAGCAGGGCUUAAGCCCAACACCCGAACCACUCCCUCAUUGCCCCCCGAGCCCAUCGACAUUAUCCGCACCAAAGCCCGCUCCCGCAGAGUCCGCCUUAAUGUUGGGGGUCUCAACCAUGAGGUCUUGUGGCGGACACUGGACCGGCUGCCCAGGACCCGGCUCGGCAAGCUCCGAGACUGCAACACCCACGAGUCCCUGAUGGAAGUCUGCGAUGACUACAGCCUGAAUGAAAAUGAAUACUUCUUUGACCGGCACCCGGGGGCAUUCACCUCUAUUCUGAACUUCUACCGCACAGGCAAGUUACACAUGAUGGAGGAGAUGUGUGCCCUUUCAUUUGGUCAGGAGUUAGACUACUGGGGGAUUGACGAAAUCUACCUGGAGUCCUGCUGCCAGGCCCGCUACCACCAGAAAAAAGAGCAGAUGAAUGAGGAGCUGCGGAGGGAAGCAGAGACAAUGAGGGAGAGGGAGGGAGAGGGAGAGUUUGAUAACACCUGCUGCCCAGACAAAAGGAAGAAGCUGUGGGAUCUCCUGGAGAAGCCCAGCUCCUCGGUGGCUGCCAAGAUUCUAGCCAUCAUAUCAAUCCUCUUCAUCGUCCUCUCCACCAUUGCUCUGUCUCUCAACACCUUACCAGAGCUCCAGGUCACGGACGAGUUUGGCCAGGCCAAUGACAACCCCCAGCUGGCCCACGUGGAAGCUGUGUGUAUUGCCUGGUUCACCAUGGAGUACCUCCUUCGCUUCCUCUCCUCUCCUAAUAAGUGGAAGUUCUUUAAAGGCCCACUGAACGUCAUUGACUUGCUGGCCAUCCUACCCUACUAUGUCACCAUCUUCCUAACGGAGUCCAAUAAGAGCGUGCUGCAGUUCCAAAAUGUGCGCCGUGUGGUGCAGAUAUUCAGGAUCAUGAGAAUAUUGAGGAUCCUGAAGUUAGCCCGGCACUCCACAGGGCUCCAGUCUCUAGGGUUUACCCUGAGGAGGAGCUACAAUGAACUAGGGCUGCUUAUUCUAUUUCUUGCCAUGGGCAUCAUGAUAUUUUCCAGCUUGGUGUUCUUUGCUGAGAAAGACGAAGAUGCCACCAAAUUCACCAGUAUCCCUGCCUCAUUCUGGUGGGCAACCAUUACAAUGACUACAGUGGGCUAUGGGGACAUUUACCCACAGACUCUGCUUGGAAAAAUUGUGGGUGGGCUUUGCUGCAUUGCAGGAGUGCUGGUAAUUGCUCUACCCAUUCCUAUUAUUGUCAACAACUUCUCUGAGUUCUAUAAGGAGCAGAAGAGGCAGGAGAAGGCCAUCAAGAGGAGGGAGGCACUGGAGAGAGCCAAGAGGAAUGGCAGCAUUGUGUCAAUGAACCUAAAAGAUGCCUUUGCCCGCAGUAUGGAACUGAUGGAUGUGGUGGUAGAGAAAGGAGAGGACAAAACCUCCCUUGACAACCACCUGUCACCUAACCGCUGGGGCGGCUCAACCCGGCACGCCACCUCCGAAAUCAACCUAAAGUCCCCUGAUAAAAGAAACCCAGAGUCCGUGCCGCAAAGCUCCCCUCAUCGUAUAACCAUCACUACCACUGGAAGUCCACAGCAGACAAACAAGACCCCUCAGCACCUUAAUGUUCAGAAACUGGAGGAGAUGUACAACCAGAUGACCAAGUCACAGUCCUUCACUAACCUCAACACCACAAGCUCCAUGAGCACUCUGAGCACAACUAUGACUGCCCCCGUCUCACCGAAGAAAUCUCACAGCCCUGAUCUUACAUUAAAAGAGCAGGUGGAGCUGGAGAUGAAGGAAGUCCAAACCUCCUCACUAGAUAACUUUGCGGGCUGCUCAACAGACCUUAGGAAACAGGGCUCCAACUCAGGUGAGGAAGAUGCUGGGCAGUGUCAAAUCAGACACCCCAGGGCGCCACCACCUCUUGAUCUAAGCCAACUGAAGGCCAUUGAUGAUGAGAGCUCUCCUGACAUCAUACUCAAAGAUGGCCUCUAUGAAUCCGUCAAUCCAGGGGAUGGAUCAGAGCUCCAUAUAGAAGAAGGGGAGAGCUUUAACAGUGCUGUGGAAAAUAUCCAUAGCUCUCCAAGAGGGAAUAACCCUCUUAAAAUAAAGGGGUUAAAGGUCAACUCCACCAAAACCUCUGCUGAAGGCCCACUAACACCGCCCAGCACUACCUCUCCUGGAGACAUCAGCUCCAGCAUCAUGGAAGACGAGUCCCCGGAGGGAGAGAUGUCACCGCUCAUCCCCAGUUCAGAAGAGCUGUUCCCCAUCACAGAGGAGGAGACCUGCCCCUUGACCCCUAAGAGGCUGGUGGUAGACACCCCACCCGGUGAUGAAGAUCAAUCCACAGGGAACCACGAGGAGAAGCAUCUGAUGGAGGUGGCGGGUGCUGCAGUUGCACCCUUGUCACCCAAGACAGCACAAAAUUGCACCCAAGGUGUGGUUGGAGCAGGCGAGGAAGUCAAGGCUGACAGCAACCAAAGUGGACACAAAGUAGAGAACCACAUGUUUACAUCUGAUAUCCACCUGAUACCUGGGGAUGGCAGCCUUUCUCCGACCUGUGAAACCAGCAUGUGA